AUGGCCGGGGUCACCGCGGUGGCGGCCGGAGCGGCAGCAUUGGCGGCAGCUCCAGCGGCGACGGCGGCGACCUCCGGUGGCAGUGUUCCCCCCGCGGCGGCGGCGGGGGGAAUGGCCGGAGGCCCCGCGGUGGCGGCCGGAGCGGCAGCAUCGGCGGCAGCUCCAGCGGCGACGGCGGCGGCCUCCGGUGGCAGCGUUCCCCCCGCGGCGGCGGCGGGAGGAAUGGCCGGGGUCACCACGGUAGCGGCCGGAGCCGCAGCAUCGGCGGCAGCUCCAGCGGCGACGGCGGCGACCUCCGGUGGCAGUGUUCCCCCCGCGGCGGCGGCGGGGGGAAUGGCCGGAGGCCCCGCGGUGGCGGCCGGAGCGGCAGCAUCGGCCGCAGCUCCAGCGGCGACGGCGGCGUUCUCCGGUGGCAGUGUUGCCCCCGCGGCGGCGGCGGGGGGAAUGGCCGGAGGCCCCGCGGUGGCGGCCGGAGCGGCAGCAUCGGCGGCAGCUCCGGCGGGGACGGAGCAGCGGCAGCAUGAGCAUAUCACGGAGCCGGAGAGCAGGGUGGCGAGCGCAGCAGCGCGCAGCGCGGUGUUGGCGGAACUUGCGCGGAUGGCGGGGGGGCCUUCGCGGGUGAGCACAUCUGCGGCACCUGUUGCCACACCUGCCCCCGCGCACUCGGCGGCGAUGGCAUCGGACGGACUGUGGACGGAGAUGGUGCAUGAGGGCGGUACAGGCGGACGUCGUCGGCAGGGGCAGCGGGAGUUUGUAGCGACCCCCGCAGUGACGAGGUCGCGGGCGAAGCGAGAUGGGCCGGGGCCGGGGAUAUUUGCUCUUCUAGCCACGGAGGACGAGAUCAAGCGGUCUAUCGCCGAGCUUCCUGCACCGGGCGUCGCUGAGCCAGCCCUGCCGACGGGGCUGGUGUGCGACCUGGAGACGCCUGAGACAUACGGGGAGGCGCACGCGGGGCCCCACCACCACAUCUGGACCAACGCCGAACGCAAGGAGUUUUUCGGGCUGAAUGCAGUGGGCACCUUCGAGGAGGGAGACGAGUUUGGGUAUGCUGUGCGUGCUAAGGCUAGGUUGGUAGCCCGUGGGUUUGCGCAGCGUGAGGGUGUUGACUUCUUUGAGACUUUCUCCCCGUGUCCUUCCAUCACGAGCAUUCGAUUGCUAGCCGCCAUUGCCUGUGUGUUAGAUUGGGACUUGUGCCAUUUCGAUGCCGAGCAAGCCUUUGUCCAAUCAGAACUGGAUGAGGUUGUGUUCAUUCGUCUUCCCCCUGGGUGCGGUGCGCUUUCCGGUAAGGUCGUGCGGUUGAGACGGAGCCUAUACGGUCUGAAGCAGGCGUCCCGCACAUGGCAUCAUCACUUGAUGCGUGGCAUGAAGAGUCUUGGUUUCGAGCCUUGUGCCGCCGAUGCGUGUGUGAUGCGUCUGAUCGAGAGCGGUGUAGUCACCAUGGUGGUUGUGAUCCACGUAGACGACAUCUUCUCUAUCGGGCUCAAGAGCAGGUGCGAUCAGUUUGGUGUUGACCUCAACCGGUAUGUGCCCAUUUCCAACCUUGGGGAACUGCGCUGGUAUGCGGGUUGCCGGUUUUCUCGUGACACGGUGUUGGGGACGGUGACUAUUUCGCAACAGGCUGUAGCGGAGAAGAUCGUUGCCAAGUUCGGUGUGACGACGGACAAAGAGACACCUAUGGUCGUUGGGUUGAAGCUUGAGCAGUACGACGCCGACGAGCCCGAUGUCGACGAGCCUUUCCGGUCGCUAGUGGGACACUUGAUGUGGCUGGCGAAUCAGACUCGCCCGGAUAUUCUCAACGCGGUGCGUGCCGUUGCGAGGUAUUCGCACGCGCCGAAGCGACUGCACUGGGAGGCGGCUUUGCAUGUUUUGAUGUAUGUUAGAUUCACGAGCGGGUACGGGAUUACUUUUCAGAGGGGCACGGUGGGAGGAGACCACAUGGAACUUUUUGUCGAUUCGGACUUCGCCAACAAGGCAACCGACCGGCGGUCUGUUUCUGGGGCACUAGUGAUGUUCGCUGGUGCGUGUGUGAUGUAUCUGUGUAGGACGCAGAAGAGCGUCACCCUGUCUUCGACGGAAGCGGAGUACGUGGCGAUGUCUGAUGGGAUGAAGGAGGCUAUUUUUCUGCGGUAUCUGUGGAAAUUUAUCUUUCCGGGCCGUGAUGUGGGGUGCACGCCGGUGUGGGAGGACAACGUAGGCGCUAUUCACUUGGCAAGUAACCCGGCUACUACUCCCAACUCGAAGCACAUCGACAUCCGCCACCAUUUCAUCCGUGAGCGUGUAGCACGGGGGGAGUUCAAGGUAGUCCACGUACGGUCGGACCUGCAACGCGCGGAUUUCUUGACCAAACCGCUCCCCAAGGAGACUUUUUGCGCGCAUCGUGACUUCGUGAUGAAUAUUCGUUGAUUUUGUUCUUGGUGUUGCACUAUUUCAGCGAUGGGGCCUUUCUUGCACCAUGUGUUUUAUUUGUGACCUGGUACUGGCCUUUGAUCUGCUGCUCGAUGUUGAUUUCUGCUUUCGCGAUGGAUGGGAUAGUUCUGCGUGAGAAUCAUGGGG